UCUCUCUCUCUCUCUCUCUCUCUCUCUCUCUCUCUCUAGAGUUCUGUAUGUCUCUUUCUCUCUCCUCCAUGGCUUCUCCUGAGAAAAGAGGACGAGAGGUUAGUGUUUAUUUUGCAGAAGGAAUGCCGUGGCUUCCCUCGCAAGUUGUUCAUGAUCAUGAAGCUUUCGACAAAAAGGCACAUUUGGGACUGGCAGAGCAGCACCUCCACCACCACAACCGCCACAAUUACCAUGAUCAACUGAGGAGUCCAAAAUUUUAUGGUUCAAAAUCACUGCUUUCGCCACAUUAUAUAAGUAGAACGAAAGGUGUCAAGAAUUGGGUAUCCGGAGGACAUGGAAUGCAAGCUGUUUUCCUAGAUUCUGCCCAAAAAUCACGGGGCGGCACCGGCGUUUUCCUUCCACAAAGAGCCGGUACCGACUUCCACUCGAAGAAGAAACCAGUUUGUGCUCCGGUUCUGUUGCCUAACCGUGUGAUUCAAGCUCUCAACCUGAAUGUUCAUGCACUUGGCCUGCACAUUUCGCCUAAAGAUCGCCAUCGGAAACGGUUUAGAUCAGGUCACGAAGAUGAUGAUAGCCAAGAUUGUAUGUCGCCACGAGAUAAAAUCAGUGGAAGCAAGGUGGAUGAACAAUGCUACAUUAUUUCCGAAAAUCAAACCAACUCUUCUCCGGAAUUAUGUCUUCCAAAUGAAUGGACUUACUAGCUAGAUACGAUCUCAUUUAUACAUAUCAAGAAGCUCACAAGGGCAGAAGCUCAAUGUCCUAGCGUUUACUAUGUAUGACUGACGUGCUGUUCAAAUGACCUAGCUAGCUAGAUCAUGAUUGAUGUCAUUUCUGUAAUUUACCGAAUAAUAACAUCACAAGGUUGUUUGUUUCAUGUACUGAAAAUUACAUCUAAAUAAA